CGGUUUCACUAAAUGACGAAAACAAACUUAAAUUUGGAAAUGUCUUGUUUUCAACUUACUUUAAACAAAAAGAUUAACGUUCAUUGUAUGCAAAUAUAUCCCUUUAUUGAUAUCAUAAAUCAAUACCCAAAAGAUAUUAUGGAUUGGAAUUUACAAAAGAAGUUAAAACAUCGAAGAUCGGGAUCGUUGUUGCAAAAAUUUGGUACGGAGAUCCGGAGAGAAAUCAUGUCCUCGAAAAGAAAACUUCACAAAUGGUCAAUCGAUUUUAUUGGACAUGGAAGAUCAAAAUCUGACAAGCAGGUUCAGGUUGCUGAUAUCAGAGCCCCAGUUGGUUAUACGGAGAACACAGGGACCAUAACAGAACAAAGCAGCAAAGACACAGACCAGAAACUUAUAGACAAGAGAUCAUGGGACAUUGCCCUAGGACCCUUAAAACAAAUUCCAAUGAAUUUUUUCAUCAUGUGGAUGGCUGGUAACUCGAUCUCAAUCUUUCCAAUUAUGAUGGUAGGCAUGAUGUUCUUCAAACCCAUCCAGGCUUUCAUCUCUGUACAGAACACAUUUGUAAUGAUAGAAGGAUCUCAAGCCUAUGUACAGAAGUUUAUUUACAUAUUUGGAAACUUUGUUUGUUUGGCAUUAGCAACGUAUAAAUGUCAAACAAUGGGACUUCUCCCCACACAUGCAUCUGACUGGCUUGCAUUCAUGGACCCUCAAAAGGUAAACCAACAUAGUAGAGAGACUGUUAUUAGCUCACCUAAGCUAAAGGCUCAAGUGAGCUUUUCUGAUCGAAAUUUGUCCGUUGUCUGUUGGCAUCGUCGUAAACUUUUCUUAUGUUCUUAUUCACCAGUUCAACCGAACAUAAAUCAUUUAUAAAAUAAAACACAAACACCUGUAUGUAGGAUGAGCUCGCAUGCACUAGUGCAACAGACUUUUUUAAUAAAUACAUAUGUACAAAAUCAAUUAUUCACAAAAAACCCAUUCUAGAAAAGAAAGUAGAACAAGUAAUUCAUAGGGUGGGGUCAUUUAAAAAUCUUCUUCUCAAGAACCACUGGACCAGAAAAGCUGAAAUUUACAUGAAAGCUUCCUGACAUAGUGGAAAUUCAAGUUGUUAAAAUCAUGCUCCCUGGGGAGCAAUUUCAGUCAAACUUGGAACAAAUCUUCCUAAGGUAAAAGGGAUUCAAGUCAUUCAAAUGAAGGGCUAUGGCCUCUUCCAAGAGGAAAUAAUCACAAAAAUGCAAAAAUAGGGUGGGGUCAUUUAAUAUCUUCCCAAGAACCACUGGGCUAGAAGAGCUGAAAUUAACAUGAAAGCUUUCUGACAAAGUGGAGAUUCAAAUUUUAAAAAUCAUGACACCCCCCCCCCCCCUUGGGGUUAGGGUGGGGCCACAAUGGGGGAUCAAAGUUUACAUGCGAAUGUAUAGGGAACCAAACUUGGCACGAAGCAUCCUUAUUAAAUGAAAUUUGUUAUUAUGAAAGGCCAUAGCCAUCAACAAUGGCAUAUGAUGAUUAAUGAAUUUGUUGUCAAGUUUAAUAAUUGAGUUUGAUAAUUAAUGAAUUUAUAGUUGUUACCUUCGAAAAGGUUUUUUUCUUAACCAAGCUGCUUCUAUAAUGAUAGUUUUGCUAAAGCUUGUUUAUUGCUAGAAAUUGCUGCUCAGGUGAGCAAUGUGGCCCACGGGCCUCUUGUUUUUCCCUGUAUUACAGAUUGAUUUUAGUUUUGCUGUGUAGAUGAACACAUUUCAUUAUCAGAUUUAUAAAUUUGCAGAACAUUAACGUAGUUUUUGGUUUGAUUAUUAUAUUUAAUUCAUUAGCACAUUGAUUUUAUAUCCAUGGUCGUAGGAACUAGAGGGAAAAGUUCAUAUUAUAUAAUAAGUCGAUAUACAUUAGUUUUUAAGCAGAACGGUCAACUUUAGUAAAAGUCAACGAGAGUCAAUGUCCUUGAAUUUUUAAAUUAUCAAGCACAAUGUGUGCUUUGAUAUUUCUUAGGACUUCAUCCAAAAUGUUUUAGAUUAAAUUUUCCUCAUAUGUGUGGCUUUGACUUUAAUACUUUGACUUUAAUACAGAAAAUACCAAUGAAAUUCAUUAGAUAGCUUUUACUUCAUACUUCAAUAGAAAAAUAUUCGCUAUGAUUUACCAACUUCCCUAAUACAAGUUGUUUUGGUAUGAAAAAUCUUUUUGCAAUGCCAAUAUGAUUGUUGAUGUUUUUUAUCUGCCAUGUUUUUAUUGAAAUAAAGAUGAUCCUGACUUUGUGUAAAGUAGGAUCUACUGGUGCCAUAUUACACCCCAUGACAUAGACUCGGUGACAUAUAACAACUGCUAUUUCAUUCAUUCACUGCAUUAUCUGAUGGAUUUUGGAGGAGUGAACAUUUUCAAUGUUACCCUCAACUAUUUAUUAGUAUAUUAUCAUUGAUUAUUAGCACAAACAUUGUACAGCGCAUAGAAACUAUAUGUAAUUUUGCGCUUUAUAAAUGAAUAAGAUAAUAAUAACUACAUGCAAUAUUUGUUUUAUUAUACUGAAUGUUAUAUAAACAACAAACUAGAAGGACUUGCAUCUGUUGACAUUUGAUCAAUCACUGUCAAGCAAUAUUUUUAUAUCAAUGCAGAUAUUUGCAUUUAUUACAAACGCUCAAACGACGUUGUCUAACAAUCUACAGCGAACCGUACGCGCAUGUAAUAAUUUUUUAUAAUAUCACCCGUUGUCCAGUAAUGUUACCCAUUGCUAGAUACUAUCACCCUGGGGCGCAUGCUUUCUAUUUCCAGGGGGAAACAUUUUGUUUUUUCAACUGUUUCUUGACCAAUCAGAUUCGAGUAUUUUACAUGAAAAUAUAAUAAAAACAAAUAUCUCAGGUUAUAUGUCAUUAACAUCUUUAUUAUAUUUCAAUGUCAGUCAAUCUGACAUGUGUCUAAGACAUGAUUUCCAUGAACUUGCCUUCUCUUCUUCUUCCUUUAAACUUUAAAGUGAAGGGCUUUGUAGGCUUCAUUGCACUUCUCAGAUUUAUCAGCAAGACAUGAUUUUCAUAAAUGUUGAAUUGCUAAUUUUUUUGUUAUAUAUUUAGGAUUAUUUAUGUAUAAAUUAUUUUUCAUGCCAUAGCAACCUUGUAAAUUAAUGUGAAAAUAAA